AUGGGUAAAGGAACGGACAAGCUCUAUAUCACACACUCCGAGUGGGCGUCGGAAGAUGCAUUUUCAGCCAGCGCGGGCGCGGGCGUUGCGAGAGCCCGACAAGGAGGAUCUAACGCGACGUUCAAGCGCCUUCCGUUCAAUUUCUGCUCCCUCUCCCUCCAGCCAUUCGCGCAUCCGGUCUGCACACCAACGGGAACCAUCUUUGACCUUACCAACAUAAUACCUUGGAUCAAGAAGCAUGGGACGAAUCCGGUAGACGGGUCGCCACUGAAGAGCUCCGACCUGAUCAAGCUCACAAUUGCGAAGAACGAGGACGGCGAGUAUGUUGACCCGGUGACUUACAAGGUCCUGACGGAUAAUACCCACAUCGUUGCGCUACGGAACACCGGCAAUGUGUUUUCCUGGGAUACAGUGGAGCGGUUGAAUAUUAAGGGAAAGCUAUGGCGCGAUCUUGUCACAGACGAGGAGUUUAGUCGCAAGGAUAUCAUCACCUUGCAAGACCCGCAAAACAUCGAGUCACGCAACCUCAGUUCAUUCAACUACUUGAAGGAGGGUGAAACUGAGAUACUUGAGCAGAAUCAAUCUUCCGCAAGCGUCAAUGCCAACGCGCUGGGAAAUGCGGCGAAGAUCCUGAAGGCGAAGGAAACCGUAGCCAAGGCGCGCGCGGAACGGUCACAGCAGCAGGCUGGCUCUGCGGCUUCGAAGGCAGUCUCGAAGGCCGGAUCCACAGCUGCGAAUGCCUCCAAGUCGGGUACAACUCAAUCGGGGAAGGUCACGCCUUAUAACGCUGCGCGAUUCACUACCGGCAAGGCCGCCGCCUCGUUCACCAGCACCGGAUUGACACCGCACACAUCGGCCGAGUUGGCGCUUUUGUCCGAAGAAGAGUAUAUGCUGAAGCGGGGACGGGUAAAGAGUAAAGGCUAUGCGCGGAUUGACACCACGGCCGGCCAUUUGAAUGUGGAAUUAUACGCGGAACAUGCCCCCAAGGCCGUGUGGAAUUUCAUCCAGCUCGCCAAGAAGGGCUACUACAAGGAUGUCGCCUUCCACCGAAAUAUCAAGGGCUUUAUGAUCCAAGGCGGUGACCCUACUGGUACUGGACGAGGCGGCGAGAGCAUCUGGGGCAAAUACUUUGCGGAUGAGUUUGACGGGCCAUUGAAGCACGACGGACGAGGCACACUGAGUAUGGCCAACAAGGGCAAGAACACUAACAGCAGUCAGUUCUUCUUUGCCUACCGGGCCUUACCUCACCUCGAUCGCAAGCACACUGUUUUCGGCCGACUGAUCGAUGAUCCGACACCUUCGUCUACUACACUCACCUCCCUCGAAACACAUCCCGUGGAAGCGAACACCAAUCGACCUACACCCGACGUCCGUAUUAAGAAUGUAACAGUCUUCGUGGAUCCAUUCGAGGACUUCCUCAACCAGAAACGGUCGGAAAGUAUCCAGGAAGCAGAUGCCAACAACGCGGACGGCGACGAGGACAUUCGCCGCGUGGAUGACGACCGUGUUACUUGGACCGGCAAGCGCGUCCGCGGCGCUGGUGCUGAUCCCAACGCGGACGGUUCGACGGGCGUUGGCAAAUAUCUGAAAGCCGCCUUGGCCGACCGUGGCGGCGAGGAAGAUGAAAUCGUGGAGUUUGUGGACGAGGAGCCCGAACCUGAGCCGGCACGCAAGAAGGUCAAGGGAACGGGCGGCUUUGGAGACUUUAGUUCCUGGUAA